UCAGCAGGAUUAGUAGUCAGGGCAACGCGGAAUGGCGUUGAGACGUGUGGAACAGCUGGGUAGGAGCGUUGUUUGUACUAGAUCCCAGAAUGGUAGAAAUGUCGGGGGUCAGCUGAGUAAAGAUAUAAAACGGAUCUUCGGACGUGCGUGGAUUGUUAAUGCUCGUGAAUGUAGUUCAAGCCCACCUCAAGGCGAUGUAACAGUGGCAUACCAAAAAGGUCUUCCGACUGUGACCCUUCCCCUCCCAUCUCGUCAGGAGCGAUGCCGUUUUACACUGCGCCCUUUUACCAGUACAGUAGGAGAAUUUAUAGAAAACAUCAAACAGGAAGACAAAGGUAUUGACAGGGUUAGCUUCUACACUACAGAUAGGGUUAGAAUAGCAGCUUCAACGAAGAUACAAUCUUUACUCCAGGAAGAUUUUCAUCUCGUUGUCAAUGACGUUAUUUAUCAUGUCCUGGCUGCUCCGACAGAAAGUUCACCGUCAGUAGACGCGUCUGGCCUGUCUGAGGUGAAGACACAAGUAGCUCGGUUAUACGAAUCUUUACAGAUUGAUAUCCAUCAACUGGAGCAGGAAAGAAAAAUUUUGUGUCAGUUGGAAGAACUAAAGCAAAAACUAGAACCGUUGGAAAGGAAAAAAGAAGAGCUGGCAGUGGCUUCUCACAAAAGAACCGUGAUGCUGUCGUGGUUAGGGUUGGGAUGGAUGGGAGUACAGUUUGGUAUCUUAGCUCGGCUUACUUGGUGGGAGUAUUCUUGGGACAUUAUGGAACCUGUUACCUUCUUCAUUACCUACGGCACAACCAUUGUAAUGUAUGCUUACUUCGUACUCACUAGACAGGAAUACUAUUUAUCUGAUGUGCACGACAGACAGUAUUUAAUUACCUUUUACAAGAAGGCCAGGAAGGAAGGCUUAGACGUGGAAACUUACAAUUCCCUGAGAAAAGCGGUAGCAGAGACGGAGGAGAACUUAAGAAGAUUGAGAGACCCUCUUCAACUUCAUCUCCCAUUUAAAGAACUGAAGCAGGAAAUAAAAAGUCCAGAGACGAAUUUCUCUGGGGAAAAUGUCGCUAGAUAACUACAAGUUUAAGCCUAAAAGCAAGUGAUAGGCUAAUAUAAGUAGAAAGCUGAAGUAAUGACGUGUAGUUAUAUUGUACAAAAAAGGUUUGCGUUAUCCCCGUCAAAAAUGUUUUUUAUGAUUGUUAAAGAAUUUAAGCGUUCUUUCGAUUUUGAAACAUAAGCUAUUGCUAUUAUAAUCAGGAAUUUUAAUAGCUUUUUUCAAAUUUAACUUAUUAAACUUGAAUAGAAAAAUGUUGUUGCAUUUUAACUUUAGGGGUAAGUAUCACUUAAAUUAACAUUUUCAGAAAAUUUAUAUAAUAUAGUUUUUUUUAAUCAUUGUUUUCUCUAAUAUAAAGUAUUUGGCUAAGCAUAGACAUAGCAAACAUAUUUGAAAGUGUUGAUAGAGUAGGAGGGUGGAAAGUGUAAAUUUAACAUUCAAAUAAACAUACUUUAAGAUAUCGAACAGAAGA